AUGGACGUCUGCGGAAAACCUUUGUGCUACGAGCUCCUAACCAAGUUAGGAGAGGGCGCCUACGGUGCGGUGUACAAAGCCAGAGAGACGGGGGAGAAACAGCGCCUCCUGGCGGUGAAGAAAUUCAAUGUCCGCGGGGACACAUCACACACCGGGAUCCCUGCCGUCAUGGUCCGCGAGGUGGCGCUGCUGCGCAAAAUGACCUAUUUCAACCAUCCCAACAUAGUCAAGAUGUUGGAUGCGUCUGCUGUACCUGUGGGCUCCAGCUUGGACCUCACUCUGGUGUUGGAAUACAUUGACCAGGACUUGUCCACCUACCUGUCCAAGGUUCCUGCUUCUGGACUGAGCAGCGACUGUAUUAAGGACGUGAUGCAGCAGCUGCUGCGAGGAUUGGACUUCCUGCACUCAAACAUGGUGAUGCACCGCGACCUAAAACCAGAAAACAUCCUGGUCAGCAGCCGCGGAGAAGUCAAGAUCGCAGACUUUGGACUGGCACGCAUGUGCACCUUCAAUAUCGCUCUCACUCCAGGUGUGGUGACGCUGUGGUACAGAGCUCCCGAGGUGCUGCUGAACUCUGUUUACAUGUCCUCAGUGGACAUGUGGAGCGUCGGCUGCAUCUUCGCCGAGCUCCUCCUCUUGAGACCGCUGUUUCAGGGACACACAGAGGUUCAGCAGCUGCAGAAAAUCUUUGAGGUGAUCGGUUUGCCCAGCGAGGAGGACUGGCCCAAAGACAGCCCCAUCCCAUACUCCGUCAGCUGGGGGCCAAAAGGCUCCUGCAACAAGCUGCUGCACAACGUGGGCCCAGACGAGAACGACCUCCUCUCUAAAUGUUUGGCAUUCAGACUGAGCGGUCGCAUCUCGGCCGCCAAAGCUCUGGCUCAUCCUUUCUUCACAAAGCUCUGAAGGAGGAGAAAGACUUCGGCUUCACCCCCUCCUCUCGACUGUCAGCUCCGCUAACGAGUCCUGUGCCGUAAAAUCCAGCGUGCACACACAGAU